UUUUCUCCAUCGCUCGACCCAUCACCCGAAAUUGCCAACAACAUGUCGCCAAUCGCUACCCAGCACAGCUACUCCAUCGCAACCAUAGGAGCCGACGGCAUCGGCCCUGAAGUCGUUGACGCGAGUGUGCAAGUCUUGAAAAAGCUUGUUGAACUAAAUGGUUCCUUCAAUCUUUCGUUUACGAACUUUGAUUGGAGUAGCGAUACUUAUAAGAAGACUGGAAAAUACAUUCCAGACGGAGGUCUAGACGAACUCAAGAAACACGAUGCGAUUCUUUUUGGUGCUGUCGGUGCGCCAGUACCCGACCACAUUUCUCUUUGGGGUCUACGUUUAGCCAUCUGUCAGCCUUUCCAACAGUACGCCAACGUGCGACCCACAAAGAUCUUCCGUGGAACAUCGCCGCCACUGCGCAAUGCGGAGCACGGCGACCUUGAUUGGGUUAUUGUUCGUGAAAACAGUGAGGGCGAGUACGCAGGUCAGGGCGGGCGUUCACACCAGGGACAGCCAUGGGAGGUAGCAACUGAAGUAGCCAUCUUCACAAGGCACAGUGUGGAGCGCCUUAUCCGCUUUGCCUUUGAAACUGCUCAAAAGAGGCCACGGAAACUACUCACAGUCGUCACUAAGAGUAAUGCGCAACGGAAUGGCAUGGUGCUCUGGGACGAAGUUGCUGUGCAGGUCGCGCAGGAUUUUCCAGAUGUCAAGUGGGACAAGAUGCUUGUUGACGCAAUGACUUGCCGCAUGGUACUCGAUCCGAAGUCAUUGGAUACCAUUGUAGCUACCAAUCUUCAUGCCGACAUACUCUCCGACCUCGCUGCAGCUCUUGCUGGUUCGAUAGGCAUCGCGCCCACCAGUAACCUUGACCCUACACGACAGAACCCCAGUAUGUUCGAGCCCAUUCAUGGCUCCGCAUUCGACAUCACUGGAAAGGGUGUUGCUAAUCCAGUCGCAACAUUCUGGACAGCUGCUGAGAUGUUGACUUGGGUAGGUGAGGAGGAAGCAGCUACAGUAUUGAUGGAUGCAGUUGAGGCAGUGACAGAACGGGGAAUUGCCACGCGAGAUCUUGGAGGAUCAGCUGGAACCAAAGAGGUCACUGAGGCUGUGUGUCAAGAACUUGAAAAGGUGUAUAAUGGCAAGUCUACUAAGCAGUCGUGA